GCGUUAUAUAAACCUCUCACCUGCUCACGGAGCUCCGUCACCGGAGCCUCAGCCCACUGAAGACAGCACCAUGAAAGUCAAGAACAUGACCUUCAAGGAGGGCCAGGAGUUCAAGGUCCGCAUCAAGCCCGACGGCGACAGCGACUCCUUCGCCAUCAACAUCGGUCACGACCCCGAAAACAUCGCCAUGCACUUCAACCCUCGCUUCGACUGCAACGGCGAAACCAACACCAUCGUGUUCAACUCGCUGUCCGGGGGACACUGGGGAGACGAGCACCGCGAGGGGAACUUCCCCUUUGUGCGCGGGGAGGAGUGCAAGUUUCACAUCAACUUCAACAACGAGCAGUUUUACAUCAAGCUCCCCGACGGCUCCAUGAUGAACUUCCCCAACCGCCUGGGAGACGUCAAGUACAAGUACUUUAACGUCAGCGGGGCCGCGAGGAUCGUCGGCAUCAAGAUCAAGUAGAAGUCCUCGACCUUUGACCUGUCCACCUUGUGUGUGUGUGUGUGUGUGUUGCUUUAAUAGUCUGUUGCACAUUACUGAACCCAGGCCUGCUCGUUCAUCUUUUCUCCCGCUGAGCAGCAUGAAAACAUACCACCAGAGAUUUGAGCCGACGAGUGGUAAUGAGAUGAAAUGACCUGCAGGGGGAGCCGCAGCACACCUCCCCUCCUGUGCAUGCUCCACGUGUCGUCAGUCACUGGGUUGUUAAUAAAAGCUGUGGAGGAAAGCGUGUCUGUCU